AUGACUGGAGGGACAGAGGGGACACGUGCUGCAGAGGAUGGAGAAAAAAGACCACUGGGAUUGGCUGUGUGCAAUACUCCACACGAGAGGCUAAGAAUAUUGUACACAAAGAUUCUUGAUGCUCUUGAGGAAAUCCCUAAAAAUUCAGCAUACAGAAAGUAUACAGAAGAGAUUACAAAUGAGAAGCUGCCUAUGGUUAAAGCGGAACCAGAUGUUAAAAAAUUAGAAGACCAACUUCAAGGCAGUCAAUUAGAAGAGGUGAUUCUUCAGGCUGAACAUGAACUAAAUCUGGUAAGAAAAAUGAGGGAGUGGAAACCAUGGGAGUCAUCAGUGGAAGAGCCUCCUGCUGAUCAGUGGAAACGGCCAAUGUAA